AUGCCUGAACAUGACAACAGUGCUCCAUCACCGGCAACAAUGACGACAUUGGAUAAGCAAGAAACGAAUGAACGACUCGUAGGCGACUAUGUCCUAUUGUCAAAGAUCGGCCAAGGUUCCUUCGCAACAGUGUACAAAGCACAGCAUAAGAUAACGGGACAAGUCGUGGCAAUCAAAGCAGUGCUGCGUAACAAGUUGACCAAGAAGCUUCAAGUGAACCUCGAGUCCGAGAUAAACAUUCUCAAGACGGUGCAUCAUCCUCAUAUUGUUGGAUUGAUUGAAUGCCAGAAGACGGAAGGCCAUAUCUAUCUUGUUAUGGAAUAUUGUUCUAUGGGUGAUCUUGCACAAUACAUCAAGAGGAAACGACCGAGUAAAGGAACGAGAGGAGGUCUUUCUGAACACUUUGUUCGUCAUUUUCUCAAGCAGCUAGCUGACGCCCUUAAAUUCCUCCGCUCCCAUAAUCUUGUUCAUCGUGACAUUAAACCUCAGAACCUUUUGUUGAUACCACCCAAUGAUCAAGAUGAUGUCCCAUUACUCAAGGUGGCUGACUUUGGCUUUGCUCGUAAUCUACCCAAUGCAAGUCUGGCCGAUACCAUGUGUGGAUCACCGUUAUAUAUGGGUCCUGAGAUCUUAUCAGGUCUGAAAUAUGAUGCGAAGGCGGAUUUAUGGAGCGUUGGUGCUGUUUUAUAUGAAGUUGUCACUGGGAGACCACCUUUCAGAGCACAAAACCACAUCGAGUUAUUGAAAAAAAUCAAUGAGAAUGAGGAUCGUAUUCGCUUUCCAGAUGAAAAGGCGGAUGCUGCUGUUGCACCGAUUGGCAAUGAUAUCAAGGAUUUGAUCCGAAAGCUACUCAAGAAGAAUCCUGUUGAACGUAUUUCAUUUGAAGAGUUUUUUAUGCAUCCAGCCAUCACCAACAGCCCUCCAUCACCAUCAUCACCAUCACCUCCUCCACCACCAAGACCUUCUUCUUCAUCCUCUCGCAGCACUACAACUACUACUCGUCAUCGACGCAUGUCACAUGAUAUUCCACGUUCACCGAUACACCAUGACAUGUCAUAUGAACCACCACCAUUUGCUCAAUCUCCUCCUCAACAACCACCUACACCGCCUACAACAAUGACCCAUGCAACUCCACCUCAUUCACGGCCUUCUUACACUGAUUGGAAAAGACAUACACCUUCUGAUCAACAACGACCCCACUUGUCAAGGACACGUCAUGAUGAUCGUUUAUCAACAACACCACGAUCUGAUCAACAUACAACACAUACAUGGAUGGAUGAUACACAACAACGACGCAAUCAGCCUGCACGAGCGGAUGAGGAUGUAUUAAACGAUUAUGUUGUAUUGGAUCGACGUAUCAUUGAGACCAACCAAUUUGCAGAUGAACUUGGCGCAUCACCACGAACCGAAUCGCAUGGCAACAACAAUAAUACCUUGGCAACACAGCAACAACGUCAUAUUCCUAUUCCACGAAGAACAUCCACUGAGCAACCUUUACCAUCACCCUCAUCAACAGGCUCAACGCCACCGUAUGCUGUGACGCGAGAACGCAAAGUAAGUAGUGGUUCGGCAGGCUCGGCAUUAGCAAGAGCGCUUUCAAUGGCGUCCAUGGCCUCUGUGCGUUUGUUUGGCGCAGGCAAUUCACCACCCAAGCUCAGCCGAUUACAUCAACACACCAUGAGUGGCUCACCACGUGGAUUCCUUACCAUGGAUGGCAAUCAAGGCGUUAUGGAUGCACAAGAACGACAAACAAUGAAGACGAUUGAAAGAGCAGCAUGCAUGGCCCAUGCAGUGGCAUGUUUUGCGGAUGGCAAAUACGAUCAAUUGGUGCAAGGACGGUUAUCAUCAAACGAAGCGCUUGUUGCAGAAGAAGCUAUGGUCUUAUACAUCAAGUCCUUAUCACUCUUGGAAUUGGGCAUGAAUACAGCUCGUCAUUAUUGGAAUCAACUCUUGGAUGAUACCACUCGUAUCGCUUCAGUACGACUCAAUGAUGCUGUUCAAUGGAUGCGAGAACGUUUCAACGAAUGUCUUGACAGGGCGUCCUUUGCUGGCAGCAAAUGCCAUGGUGAUUCACAAAUAACAGCAGGUGCAUGUGUUGAAAAGCUUCUUUAUGAUCGAGCCUUGGAAAUGAGUCGAGCAGCUGCAGUAUACGAGUUGGUCGGUGAAAACAUUCCUGGAUGUGAGCACGAUUACCAAACUGCUAUUUGGAUGCUGGAGGCCAUAUUGGAAGUAACACCGGAUGAUGACACCCAAAUUGAAGAUGAUGACCGCCGUAUCAUCAACAAGUUUAUCGAUUCCAUCCGAAGCAGGAUAACUGUAUUACGUAAAAAGAAGGAUCUCGAACGGGCCAAAGCAUUGGACAGUGGCAUGCACCAAUAUGAUCAAUAUCAGUAG